AUGGUUACUCACGAUUUUAGUCUACGUGAAUGGGAAGAAGAAACCACAGGUCAAUUAAUUCAUUUCAUACCAAAAAGAAAAGGGUUUCUCAAUGUUGGGAUUCAACUAUUCUACAUCGAGAAUGACUUAUUUCUAAAAGAGAUUUGUGAGUAUUCAGUAGAUGUUGUCAAGGCUAGUGAUAUAACUCCCUAUGGUUUUUGUAAAAGUAGAUGUCGAGAUUAUCAGGAGAAUGUUCUGUUGGGAUCAAAUAUAGGAGUAAUAAAAUUUCAAAGAACAUCUGGAAUUAUUGGUGCUGUUGUUAUUGACAAAGAUUCAAAACAAAUAGGCAUCCUUUCAUGCAAGCAUGUAUGCGAGUUUAGUGAAUCGAGUUCUGAAAAAGAUGUAAUAAUGGCAUGGGAAUUCGCUAGUAAAUAA